GGCCAGCAGGCGAGGGGCCCCAGAUGCCAGACAAGGACAGCAAGGCCACCAUGGACACAGAAGACACAUAUGGAGGCAAAGCCAGCUCAGAGCCUCAGAACUUGAGACCUCGUGUGUUUCACAGCAUCAAGUUCUUCGUCCUGUGCCACAGCCUGCUGCAGCUGGCACAGCUCAUGAUCUCCGGCUACCUCAAGAGCUCCAUCUCCACGGUGGAGAAGCGCUUUGGCCUCUCCAGCCAGACCUCGGGGCUGCUGGCCGCCUUCAACGAGGUGGGGAACACAGCCUUGAUUGUGUUUGUGAGCUACUUCGGCAGCCGAGUGCACCGGCCCCGUAUGAUUGGCUGUGGGGCUGUCCUGGUGGCCCUGGCAGGCCUGCUGAUGACUCUCCCGCACUUCAUCUCGGAGCCGUACCGCUAUGACCACAGCAGCCCUGAGGAUAUGUCACAGGACUCUGAGGCUUCCCUAUGCCUGCCCAUGACCUCAGCCCCGGCCCCCACUCCCUCCAAUGACAGCUGUUCCAGCUACACGGAGGCCCAGCACCUCAGCGUGGUGGGGAUCAUGUUCAUAGCUCAGACCCUGCUUGGCGUGGGUGGAGUGCCCAUUCAGCCCUUCGGCAUCUCCUACAUCGAUGACUUUGCCCACCACAGCAACUCACCCCUCUACCUUGGGAUCCUCUUCGCAGUGACCAUGAUGGGGCCAGGCAUGGCCUAUGGGCUGGGCAGCCUCAUGCUUCGCCUUUAUGUGGACAUUGACCGGAUGCCAGAAGGUGGUAUCAACCUGACCUCAAAAGACCCCCGAUGGGUGGGUGCCUGGUGGCUGGGCUUCCUCAUCUCUGCUGGCAUGGUGGCACUGGCUGCCAGCCCCUACUUCUUCUUCCCCAGGGAGAUGCCUAAGGAGACGCAUGAGCUUAGGUGCCGGCGAAAGUUCUUGGCAGAUGCAUCGUCACCUGUCAGCAAGGGUGAGAACUCUCCCUCUGAGCAGAACCCUGGGGAGUCCCUGAAGAAGCAGGAUGACCUAGUCCAGAUUGCACCAAACCUGUCUGUGAUCAAGUUCAUCAAAGUCUUCCCCAGGGUGCUGCUGCGGACGCUGCGCCACCCCAUCUUCCUGCUGGUGGUCCUGUCCCAGGUGUGCAUGUCGUGCAUGGUGGCGGGCAUGGCCACCUUCCUGCCUAAGUUCCUGGAGCGCCAGUUUUCCAUCACAGCCUCCUAUGCCAACCUGCUCAUUGGGGGCCUCACCAUCCCCUCAGCCAUCGUGGGCAUUGUGGUGGGGGGCGUCCUGGUCAAGCGCCUCCACCUGAGCCCCAUGCGCUGUGGUGCCCUUUGCCUGCUGGGGUCGCUGCUCUGCCUGCUCUUCAACCUGCCCCUCUUCUUCAUUGGCUGUUCUACCCACCAGAUUGCAGGCAUCAUCCACCAGCCCAGCACGCAGCCCGGGCUGGAGCUGUUUCCAGGCUGUGCGGAGCCCUGCUCCUGCCCGUCGGACGACUUUAACCCUGUCUGCGACCCCAGCACCCGAGUGGAGUACAUCACGCCCUGCCACGCCGGCUGCACAAGCCAAGUGGCCCAGGAGGGCCUGGACAAAAGCCAGGUUUUCUACACCAACUGCAGCUGCGUGAGCGGGCGUGGUCUGGUGCUUGCCGGCUCCUGCGAUUCGGCCUGCAGCCACCUGGUGCUGCCCUUCAUUCUCCUGGUCAGCCUGGGGGCGGCGCUGGCCAGCCUCACCCACACCCCCUCCUUCAUGCUCAUUCUAAGGGGAGUGAAGAAAGAAGACAAGACUUUGGCUGUGGGGAUCCAGUUCAUGCUCCUGAGAGUUCUGGCCUGGAUGCCCAGCCCUGUGAUCCACGGCAGUGCCAUUGAUACCACCUGUGUGCACUGGGCCCUGAGCUGUGGGCGUCGAGCUGUUUGCCGCUAUUAUGACCAUGACCUGCUCCGGAACCGGUUCAUUGGACUCCAGUUCUUCUUCAAAACGGGCUCCCUGGUCUGCUUUGCCUUGGUUUUGGCUAUCCUGAGGCAGCAGAGCAAAGAGGCAGGGGACAAAUCGACCACAUCCAGCCCUGGCCUAGAGCAGCAACGGUUGAUGUUAGGGCCAAAGAAGCAGCCAGAGGAUUCCAGUGUGUGAGCUGUUCCCUGGCCUCACCUGUCCAUGAGUGAUGGUCAACAGAGGGUUUCCCUAAGUUGCUGAGGACCUUGCUAAGUAUCUUCUGGGAUUGGCCUUGAACUGAUGAUCCUGCUGCCUCAAGCUCCAGAAUUGCUGGGAUUACAGGCGUGCCCCACUGUACCCACUUAGCCUGUGUUUUGAUGGUAAUCUAUGAUCUAAGGUCAGGUAUGAACCUUUCCACUCGUACUACUACAUUAGCUCUCAGAAAGCUUCGAAUUUGGGGACAUUUCAGCUUUUGGAUUUUUGGAUUAGGGAUGCUGAACCUGAACAAAAUUAGGUAAGAAAGUGAAUAUUUACCCAGAAUGAGAAAAAAAAUUCUACACACGAUUCAGAAAAAUAGUUAUUAACUGUCAUGCAUACCUCUAAAAUACAUUUCCACAGACCAGCUUCUGGCUUUGCACAUUUCCAACCUUGUAUCUCCCAUUUCUCCUCCUCUCCCCAUAUAUUUUCAAGUCACAAGAAACAAAACACAUUUAUACCACGAUAUGACACCUUAAUGUCAUAUUGCCAAGUGAGGUGGACAAUUGGUAGGGUUAUUCUUAGAAGCCAUUCUUAUGCAGAGAUGGCUACAGUGAUUUACCUGUACACAGAACUAUCUGAGAUCCACAUAAACAUAUUUCAAAGGACCUGAAUUCAAUCUACCCCCAACAUGACUCCCCCCCUUGGCCAGAUCCCAGAAAUGUCAAUGGUCCCUUGUGUCAUUGAGACACAGGGACAUUGGAGUGGAAAGAAAUUUGCAAUCUGGAUUGUGGUCAGAGUGUCUUACCUGUGUAAAUUUCACAAAAAUAUGACAAUAUGAGUCAUUGGUGAGGCAUGACCUGGACCUAGGGCAAGGCUUUUAUGCCCCAAAUUCAUGAACCUCACAGGGAGCCCAACUCUGGGUUGAACUGGAGCUGGAGGAGAUGACUCUUGUCUCUAUGGUUGAAGUCUUCCAGACUGGUAAGGGUGAAGAGGCUCAGGAGUCACUGAAAGGGGGACAUGGGACCAAUAACCAAGGGAUGGAACAGAGAAGGGCUGGAGGUCCCUUAGGGAUCAGUCCUCCCCAGUAUAGUCUGUGGCCAAUGAGGAGCCACAGUAUGGGCUGGGGUUGUGGCUCAGUGGUAGAGUGCUCGCCUAGCAUGCAUGGGUUCGAUCCUCAGCACCACAUAAAAAUAAAAUAAAGAUAUUGUGUCUGCCUAAAACUAAAAAAUAAACCUAAAAUAAUAUUUAACAACAACAAAAAAAGAGCCACAAUAUUUGCUUACGCUCCUGUCCCUGCUCCCGGAGUGGGAGGAGAGGACAUUAAGUCUUACUGUUGGAGUCUACUGGUGGGAAAAUCCAGCAGAAGACUGGGCGGGGACUGACGUCCUGAUGCCUGGCCCCGAGUUCCUUUACUUGCACAUGUAUGCCGGGAAGUUCCAAGUCAGGCAGACGCCACUCAGGAGCUGGGAGCCAGGAAUCAUGAUUGGCACACUAAUGAGUGAGGAGAGAGCAGCCCUUCCAAGGCCUGGACGUGUGGAAUUCUUCCCCUGACCGUGCUGCUUUGCCAUUUCCUCCGCCCACAUGGCCUGCUCCAUCCCCGCCCCUGGGCUUGUCUCUGUCCCUGCUUCAUGAACUCCUACCCAACCUUCCAGGCCCAGUUCAAAGUCACCACCUCCAGAGAGGCAUGGGAUAGGCAAUGGAUGGGUCGGGGAAGGGGAACAGGUAGCAAUCACCUUUGGGAUCUGAUUAAAGACAUGGACUCUUCAUAAUUAAACACACACACACACACACACACAUACAAACAAAUACAAUUGCGUGUGCAAUUUCAGAGGUUGAGCGAGACCCCUGCAAAUCCAGGGUCUCAGGUCCAGACCCUUCAUGGAAUGUGAAGAUGAGAGCUGUAAAGACACUCAGAUUUAGGUGCAGACCUUAGUCUCCUGGAGUGACUUGAACAAAUGACAACUCCUCUGCACUCAGUUUUUUUCAUCUGCAAAGUAAGGUUGAUCAGGAUGUCUGCCCCCACAUAAUGUGCAAACCAGAUAAAACAAUGCUCCUCCGGCUCCCAGGAGGGGCACCUGAUGAUCAGGGUUGUCAGACUCCUCCCCUUCCCCUGCGCCUGGAAGGAUUUAAUGAGCCCACGGAGCAGAGAGUGGGAGGGGGUGGAGGAGACGGGGAGGAGGCACACUCCCUUUGCCCUGCCCUGGCCACAGCUCUGCUUGUCCCCUAAUCUCUCCUCCGCUGUCAGCCAGGGCUCAGCCUUCCCAGUCUUAUCUCUUGCCACAGCCAGCUUGGGACAGCUUUUCUCCACUAGAUUUACAUUUUUAUUGAUUUUCUUUCUCCCUUCCAGCUCAGUCCCUUCCUUCUCCUUCCCCUUUGGCUAUAAAGUGGGCUUGCCCUGGGAAGCACAAGUUCUGAGACUGGCUGAGGAGUGGUGAUCCUAGGAUGGAUCCGUUCAUUCAUCCGCCUCCCCAACCAGCCAGCACGACCUGCGUGUCAGCUCUGUGCCCCUCUGCUGGGACACAACCAUGUGUCAGAUAGAGUAGAUUCUCAGGAAACUCCUCCUGGAAGCAGACAGCUGACAAAUAGUAACAAAAGCACAAGCAGUUACACAGGAAAGGGGAGAAGAGGAAGCCGUGGCUCUCCCUGGGUGCAACUGGGAAGACUUCCUGGAGGAGGUUAUAGCAGGGCUGGCCCUAAAGAUUCAGCAGGGCUUCCCCAGCUGGAGAAGAUGGGGGUAGACAGCAGAAACAACAGGGAUGAGCAAAGACACAGUAAUGUGUGUCUGGAAUAUGGUGGCAAGAGCAAUGCGGCUGGCGUGUACUGCUUGAGCAGCACAAUCAGGAAAGAGUGGAGAGGCAGCAGGGACCAAACCUUGAGGUCCAGCUUUGGAUGCUUUCCUGAGGGCAAGGAGGAGCCCUUGAAGCAUUGAUUGAUGGAUUAUUCCAUUGACUGGUUAUUUUAAGCAGGGAGUGACAAGACAAAGAUUUGUAUUUUAGAAAGGCACUAUGGGGGCUUUGAGUGGAAGAAAGAAGCUGGAAGCCAGGAACUCAGGCAGGAGACUGGAGCAAUGAUCCAGAGAAGUAGGAGGCUUUGAUCCAGGUCAGGAGCAGCAUUCUGGAAAUGGGACCUCUACGCUGAGCCUUGAAAGCUGAGAAGGAGCGCACCCAGUGGAGAAGGUGGGAAGGGUGUCUAGACCAAAGACACAGCAGAGAUAAAGUCUCAACACACAGAAAGCUCCUGGCAGCCUGGGGAAAUUUCCACUGGUGCUGUAGGGCUGCAGCCUGGUCUGAGAGAGAGGGCGUGGUGAGGGUGAGGCUCAAGAAGCCGGUCAGGACAGACCCCCAGGGCCUCUAUUCCCUGAACCUGGACGCAGGUGGAGAGGAAAAGGUGCCUCACCACUUGUACAGAUGUAGAUGUGCUGGGCAGAGAGCCCUAGUCAGGGCUGCCCCUUUCUCAAAGCAAACCUCCCCAUGUUUACAACACUUCUCAGGUCCCCUGGAGAGGAAGGCAAAAAGAGAUUAUUCUUCCUAUGGAUUAGAUAAAGAAACUAAGGCCCAGAAAGUGCAGGAACCUGACCAAGGUCAUUCAAGAGCUUAGGUAUCCAUCCCCCUUUCAAUUUCCCAUGUUGUUUGCAGUAAGCCAGCUUGACCCCGAAUCACUACACGAUGGAUAGGUAGAUAGAGUAGCAGCUAACUAAUCUGGUUGGAAUGGAAAAAAGGAGGAGGGUUGGACGCAUCAGAGAAAGAGACCACUUUUUCAUGUCCUAUUUCUUCAACCUUCAUGCUGGGACAUCCCAGAUGAUAAAACAGGUGCCCUCUGCUUUGGAAACCAAGAGACAGGAGGGCAAAUCCCAGCUCUGCCACUUAUUAGGUGUCACUCCACUUCACUAAGCUUUGUUUUUUCCAUCCAGAAGGGAGAGAAAAAAACUCCAAUCCAUCAGAAUUGUGAGAAUUGAAUGUGACAGUGUAGCACUGCAGUAGUCAUCUGUUGCUGAGUAACAAAUUACGCCCCCCCCCAAAAAAAAUUAGCAGCUUAAAACAACCGGUAUUUAUUAAUCUCACAUAAUUCCAAGGGUCAAAAACCCACAAAUGGAUUGAUUGGGUGGGGCUGGCUCAGAAUCACUACUAAUGCUGCCGUCAAGUGUCAGUGGGGGUUGUAUUCAUCUGAAGGCUCGACUAGGGUUGCAGGAUCCUCCUCCCAGCCCACUCUGUUCCUUGCUGGCAGUUGGCCAGACUGCUACUCCUUCUUACAUAGGCCUCUAAAUAAGGUCACUCCUCACACAGAAACUAACUUCCCCUAGAAUGAAUGACUUGGGAAAGAAGCUGGGCAUGGUGGCACUCGCUUGUAAUCCCAGGAGCUUGGGAGGCUGAGGCAGGAGAAUCGUGAGUUCAAAGCCAGCCUCAGCAACAGUAAGGCACUAAGCAACUCAGUGAGACCCUGUCUCUAAAUAAAAUACUAAAUAGGGCCAAGGAUGUGACUUAGUGGCCGAGUGCCCUUGAGUUUAAUCCUUAAUACCCACCCCCCCACACACACACACACAAAGAGAAUGUGUGCUACCAAGAUGUAAGCAUGGUAUCUUCUAUCAUCUAGUCCUGGAUGUGACACACUGUAACAUUUGCCAUAUUCUGUCACACAUGCUAACUCUGGUAUAAUGUGGGAGAAGAAAGCAAAGUGUGUGAAUGCCAGGAGAUGUGGAUCAUGGGGAGCCUUUGGGAGAUGACUCCCACGAGGACCUAGAAUAAUGCCCCGCACAGGAGGUCCUUAUGCAUUAGUAGUUACUAUUACUCUCACAAUGAUCCCAGCCAGGCUCGGAAGACAAGAUUUGGGUAUGAGAAGAUGAGAAAACUUGACAAAGCAGGAUGCAACUUGAAUUAGGCAACGCUCAGUUGCAUGAUAGAAGAGGGUGUGCUGGCCAAUGAGAGCAAUGGGAGACGACUUCCUGGCAGAAGCAGAGAGGAGGGGAGGGCCAUCCAGAGAGAAGACGGAAGGAGAGUGCCUCAGCUAUUGUUGGUUGCCUUCCUGUUAUCCUUCACCUUUUCUUCCCUGCAGUAGUAAGGUGCCUAGCCACAGAGGUAACCAAGCCAGAAAAGAAGUGUCUUCCCUUUUGCCAGCAAGUGGGCUAAGAGUAGACAUGUGACUCAUCUUGGCCAAUGAGAUGUGAGGGCUCCCUGAUUGGGAAAGCACUCCUCCUGGGUGAGUGAGUGGCUAAGAGGGGAACGAACAGACCCUUUUAGCUACCAGACCCCUCGGGAGGACAGAGCACUGAUGAACAUUAGUCUUCUUGUGAUCAUAAGAGCUAUCUCCCCCAAGCUUAGGACCCGAAACUCUCAGGUCAUCAGAGACAUUGUUGAAUCACCAGCCCAUCCCUGGCACCAUCUUCUUCUGGCCUCUUGUUAAGGAAACAAGAAGCUUAUGCCUAAGGCAGGUGGUCCCUUCUUUGCAUCCUAACUGAUUCAGGGAGCCAAGUACCCCUGCUCCCUCUGGACUUUUUCCUUUUUUUCUGAAGAAGGUAGUUAGAUGUUUUAGAUGGGAAGGCCCCUGGGCAGGAAGGCAGAAGUCCUUGGUCUAACCCUAGGUCUGCCUCUGAGCUGCUCUGUUAUCUUGAGCAAGUCCCUGCCCCGACUGGGCCUCCAAUAAUUAUAGCUAAUAUUUAUUGACUGCUUGCUGUGUGCCAAGCCCUCUAACAGCUUCCCUUGCAUUAUCUCGUUUAUCCUCACAUCAACUCUAUUGUGCUGGUGUUACUAUUCUUUUUAUUUUAGGGAUAAGGAAACAAAGACCCAAGUGACAAGAGGCUACACAGCAAGUCGGAGCUGGAUCUCUGCAUUGCAAAGCCAGGCUGAUCUCCCCCAGGUUCAGGCUCCCACCCAUCCUGCUGUGCUGCCUAGCAGCAAAAGGAAGUCUCUAGAAGGGCUGACCUCUAAGGGCCUCUCCAGUUCAAAUAUUCUUUGAUUUGCUGUCCCAUUUCUAGUUAGAUGAUCAACAAGCCAGCUUAUCCUAGAGAAGAAAGCAAUGAGGGCUGUCUUUAGCCAUCUGAAAAGCUGGCAUGUGAGUGGGAGAUUAGACUUGCACAGGGUAGCUCAGAGGAUAUGAACUGGACCAGUGUGGGAACAUUAUAGGGAGAGAGUCAACUUAUAUAAGGGAGAACCCUCCAGCUGCCACUUGAGCUAUGCCCAGAUGUAAUGACUUCCUUUUCAUGGAGGUUAUACAAGCCUGUGUUUGAUAAAUCUUUGUCAGAAGUCUGGCAUUGAGUGGAGAUGGAAAUGAGUGGCUUAAGACUUGUGGUGGGAAUUAAAUGGGAUAACAUGAGAAUACUCCUAGCACUGUAAUUGACACAGAUAAAGGGGGUCAAUGAACUGCUGGGGUCUACCCCCCCCCCCCGAUUUGACUCUGAAAUUCUUGGACUUUAAGAUUCUCUAAUACGGAUUUUUAGUUCUCUGACUCUAACCUUCUGCAGUUUUAUAAUUUCAAGACACUGAUUCUUCCCUGCUAAAAUGUUAUGGUUUUAAAACUUUUCCAUGAUUGUGUGGUUCAAAAUGCUGAGAAGUCUAUGAUUUUUAUAAUUUAAUACUCUCUAGUUUUAACAAUUUAAUAUUCAAUAAAGUGUCUCUCACCAGCUUCAGAAACAUGA